AUGUGGGAGGAAGUCUUUGUUCACUUUGAUACGGAUCCACCAUGGUGUAUCUGCUUUAAAUCCCCUUCCUCAUCGAAGAUAACAAUGAAAAAAAUUGUACAGACCACUUUAGAGAGAUAUAAUACAGAUAAGAAAACAGAAUAUUCGAUAGAUGAUUUUAACAUAUAUAGAAUAGAUCAAAAUGAUACUGAAAUAUCACAAGAAACAGAUUUAGAUAAAGUUUUCGGAGAAUUGCAUAACGAAAUUCUUCUUCGUCUUAAAAACAAUAACGAAUUUGAAGAGGAAGAAGACGAUUUAAUGCCGUAUCAAUUGGCAUCCGAAGACGAUCAGAUCAAACUUCAUAAAGCAGCAGAACUUCUUCUAAAAAAUCGAAAUUAUGUUCAAAGUUUAUCAACAUAUCGAUUAACGAGCCUUCCACCAAGCAGGCAAGCAAUACAAUUAUUCGUAGAAAACGAUCUAAGUAAAAGAUUUCAGCCCGAAAGCCAAAAUACAGAAAGUAUAAAUCCAUUUUCUCAUUUUUCUUUUAACAGAUUAUUAACAGAGCUUGACAGCCUUUAUCCAGUCCAGAAGAAAGGAGAUUUACUGGUAGAAAUCAUCAAAAGGAAUGCGAAUGCUGGAAUUGACUGUCUAUUUCAAGAACCAGAGUUAUUCAUGUUAAUUCCGAAGAUUUACCAAGAUAUACCAGACAUUACAUCCAAAAUCAUCAAGAAAAUACAGGAAUCAAGCAUAAAAACCAACGGAGUCGUUUGUAUUCUUUCAAUUAUCGCAAAAUCCAACUGUAUCGACAUAUUUUGCCAAAUUCUAACUACGUGCAUUACAGUUGCUGACCUUUCUGCUAAGAGCUGCUACGAAAUCGCAUGGAUUCUAUAUCAAUACAGAAGAUCAGAUAUCUUGAUUCCGAUUGUCGACCAUUGGCUUGGCGAAAUCAACAAUCGUGUUGACGAAUCACUCCAUAUUUGUUUAGUUCACGGCGCACUCGGUCUAAUUUGCUCUUUUCCACCUGUUGACGACAGAUUUUCUGCUCUUUCGAAAAAACAGUUUGAUUACAGCAAAAUAACAGAAACAGAGCUAUAUACAAUCCGUAUUAUCAUUGUAGCUGCCUUGUUAAUCUACGAGGAAGGCUUUUUAGGUGCUUUUUCCGCAAUUAUCGAUGCAAUUAAAAACAUCAUCGAUAUUGGUGUUUAUUUUUUGCGGGAAUAUCCAGAAUGGCAGCUUAUUACAACAUCCAUUAAAUGCGCAUCCCGUGUUAACAUGACACCGCGCUUUCCUACCUCUGUUUUCGUGAUUGGUGAUGAAUAUUCGAUCAUUGCAAAUUACAGGAUCAUGAAACCAUUUGGAACUUGUUUUUCUCAUUCGAUUCGAGGUCUUUCUUUGAUGUCUUUGAGGACACAGACACAACAGAGAGACAUGUUCGUGAAUGUGCUUGAAUCUAUACAACCAUUCGAUGUAAUUUUCUUGUUUCUUGGAACAGUUGACAUCGAAAAAGAACUUCCAAAGAUGUUGCAAGAAGGAGACACAGAUUCUGUUGUUUCCCAGUUAGAAGAAUUGGCUGUGAUAAUGGGAGAAACUGUGGAAGAGAUUAAAAAUAGAUUCCCUGGUAAGAAGAUAUUUGUACAUAAAGUAUUGACACCUGUACAAGAAGCUCUUCAGAUUUCAAAGUAUUUCAACGAAAGAAUACAAUUGGAACUGUCUGAAAACGCUUCUUUUGUUGAUUUACACCUGCCGCCACUUUAUAACUCUGUGGAUAUGAUCGGUGGGGAUAUUCAAGAUGACUGGCCUGAUAAAUACGCAAAGGCUUUCUUUAACGAGUUCUCUGAAAAUAGGUCUUCAAAGAAAAAAUAA